CGCCUCUUUGCAGCUGCGGCGGCGGGCGCAGCAGGUGGGCGGGUCGUGCCAGAGAAUGUGAAUGAGUGCAUGGGCGCCGUGCCUCCACGACGGCACGUGCUACGACCUGCACCCGGGCUACCAGUGCGUGUGCGGCCCCGGCUACACGGGCGAGAACUGCCAGUGGGCUCACGACGCCUAUUCUGGGCUGCCGCUCUCCGCUCCAGCCGCUCUCGCCGCCCUCACGCUCUCCUUCCUGCUCGUGGUGGUGGUUGGCGUGGUGGUGUCCCUCCGUCUGCACCGGCACUGGAGGAGGCGUGAGCGCAGGGACGAGCCGCCAGGAGAUACAAGCCCGCAGGAGGUCGUGAAGGGCGUGAAGGAGAGUCCGACGACGAGGCUGGCGCAGGACGUCGAGCAGGAGUCCUUCUUGGAGCGUCUCAAGAUCAAGGAGUCUCAAGCACAGCCUGCCUUGCGGAAAGCAGGUCGGUGUCUCUGGGAUAAGGAGCGGAUCAGCGAGAAAGCCGAGAAGGGAGACAGCCCGUGUACUACCAUGGCCGGCAAGGUGACAGCCAAAGGAGUCCUGUGUGAGGGCAAGAGCAGGACCUCUGGCACUGUGCCUGAGCCUCUGCUGCCCCAAGACGACCUCCGUGCAUACGCCUACGAGGGGGAUGGCUCCUCGGCGGGAUCUCUCGGCUCCGCUGUAUCAGGCCUUCGCUCGGAGGUCAGUGACGAGGGCGGCAUCAGACCCCUCGUCUCGGACUUCCUCGAGGUAAUGGACCUCCUGAGGAACCUCCCGGACAAGGAGAAGACGCCGACGAGUGACUCCAAGACUCCUGCAGAAGGCGAGGGCGUCAAGGGCAGCCCACCCGCGCCCACGCUCUCCAAAUCCCCGAGCAAACCCUCGCCCCGCCCGCCAAAUCCGACAGUCCUCCCCGGCAACAGUGAGAUGACGACUGCCUGCUGAUCACUCACGGACACGAAUGGUGCUUCUUGCGGUUUUUUCGUGACCAAUCCUUUAACGUACGUGAAGAAGAGAGAAAAAAAAA